AUGAGUGGAUCUUCGAUUAUUGACGAACAAUGUCUUAUAAUUAAAGAACAAGAAAUAUCUCUCAAUAUCGAACAACUCAAGAAAUGCUUUGAUACGAUUGUCUCCGAAUUGAACAAACUCAAAUUCCCCACCAAUAUCAAUGCAAUUCAAAAGAUAUCAACAUCCAUUACGAUAGAUGAUACCAAUCCCUACAAUCAAUCUGACAUUGUGAAUCAUCCACUAUUUAUCAUUAUCCGUGAUUGCUACUUAGAUGUACUACACCAAUGGCGAACUGAUCAAAGACUCGAACAAUCAUCUCGUGCAGCUUUCUCCGAAAUCUCAGUCUUGUUCGCAAUUAUUGGUGAUUAUGUCACUGAUAUCAAUGUAAACGCAGUAAAACAACUUCUAAUUCAUAAGCCACUCAUUGAUGAACUUAACGAAUGUCUUAUAGAAGUUGCAAUCCAUGGGAAAUAUUUACAAGAUCUUCAAAUCGAUGCCGUCGAUUUUAUGAUUCGCGCCAUUCAUCGUCUUUCAAGACGUCGAUUGGAAAUUCAGAAUGAUGCGUUACUUGGACCACUCUUAGAUGUUAUAGUCAAAUGCGUUUGUUCACCAUUUUUUUUCAAUAUAUUCAUGCAAAUUACUGAAUUAAAAAAUCUCAACGAAGCACAAACAUUUUUACUUAAUACAUGCACGGAUUAUAUUGCUUGGUAUGAAGGCAAUCGUCGUCAUGCCAUCUAUUCUGUUGUUCGUACUGCUCUAUUAAAACCGUUUACACAAUGGUUCCAAAGUCAUGUAGCUACGUUUCAGCAGUGGAAUCAAUUGAUAAACAAUGCUAUAGACAAACACUGUGCUAUUAUGUUCGAUUUUGGUUUGGAGAAUGAUGAAAUGCUCAGUAGUGAUAUUCGUGAUGAUUGUGAAAAGCUUAUUGAUGGUUUUAUUUUCAUUCUAUCUUCAUUAUCAAAUUCUACGGCUAACACAUCGAGCAUUGAUUUGAUAGGCAUCUGCAUGUUUCAUUUAUAUGCAAUGACACUAGAACAGAAUCUAUUAGAUUAUAUCAAAAGUCGACAAUUAUCUUCCAUUCUAUUGAAAUUGAUCGAUAUUGGUAAUGAAGAAAUGCAAUUUAAUGCUUAUCGUAUUUUAGCUUCGAUUAUGACAGAACAAGAUAUUAAAAUGUUAGCCAAUCCAAGCAAAAUUGCCAAUGUUUUUUUCAGAUUUCUCGUCGAAGUAAUUGAUAAUCCACGAAAAAUUCGACGACUACGAAAUCUACUUCGUUGUUUAAAGAGUUUGGUUCAACAUGAUCAAAUUAAAGAAGAACUGAUCAAGGAAGGUAUAUUACCACAGCUUAUUCGAUGUGCAACAGAAAUCAAAUUUGAUCCAUUGAAAGAACAGCAACCAGCGCUCGAGAUCCUUCUCGCUAUGACAUUCAAUAGUGAAGCAGCUGCAUUACUCAAACAAAACUCACAAUUCAUAUCUUAUCUUAAAACACUUCUAAUUUCAUCACCUGAGCAAGGCGUAAGGCGAGCUGUCGAAGGUCUUAUUUGGAAACUGGAAAAAGAAGAUACAGCGACUGCGAACUCGGCUAUAAAAUCGACGACACAAAGUGCUAUAAGUUACAAAUAUGACAUUAUGUUGAGUUAUUCUCAUAGUGACAAGGAUUUGUGCUAUCGUCUUCAUGAUCGUCUGAACAAUGAUCAUUUUCGUGUAUGGCUCGAUCGAGAGCAGAUGCAUGGAUCAACUAUGGUUGCGAUGGCUGAUGCAAUUGAAAAUUCACAGUUUGUUUUAAUCUGCAUGUCAGAUGCAUAUAAACAAAGUGUCUACUGUCAAUCCGAAGCUCACUAUGCUUAUGAACGUCGCUGUCAUUUAAUACCAAUUGUAAUGAAGCCAAAUUAUCGGCCAGAUGGAUGGUUAGGUAUCACGGUCAGUGGAAAGAUUUAUGUUGAUUUUCCAAAGCUAGGUUUCGAUCAAGCUUAUCUUAAAUUAAAAAAUGAGAUCGAUCAGCAACGAAAAAAUUUCCAGCAUUCAACUAAGAAUCUAGAUCAACUGCGAUCUGAUCCAUCCAUAACAGCAACACAUUUAACACCAAUAGAAAUGACAUCUAACAAUUCAGAUGGUCAACGGUCAAUCAACAUGUGUGUAAUGUUUCUCCAAAUCGUUUGCUUUGCUGAAACAUUUUUAUAA